AUGAAUAUUCAGUCUUUUAGUCUCACGACCUGGCUGGAGACCAGAUACACGGGCUACUCAUGGUCCUCGCCCGCCAGAGAUGGGGACUCUUACAUACCAUACAGUGGAAGUUAUCCUCAUACAUGCCCUCUAGAUUCAUCUUCAGAUUGGGGAACAUCAUUACAAACGCCAUAUGCACAGUAUCAUCAGGCUCAACAGCAUUCUGUUUUGGAGCAGAAGACAGUACCAGAAAAUCUGCUAUCCCCAACAGACAGAUAUAAGCUGAAGUAUCGUCAGUAUGAAGCAGAUAUGAAGGAAGAAUAUAAGCAGUAUUCUCAGAGAAUUGCAGAAAAGAGAAAAGACCACCUCCAGUGUCCAGAAGCUUCAAUAAAGGUAGCUGGCAAAGAAGUAAUUGCAUUUUUAGAAAUAAAAUAUAUGCUGGUAUUUGGAGAGGUUUGCAUGUGUGUGUAA